GUGCAUUUUUGAACGCUUUUCCUACCAUUAUACAAAGUUCAUAUUCUGUUUCUAUGCACCUCUGUAGUAUUAAUGUCUGAUAACCUCAGCGAUAAUGAGUUGCAGUGACGCUGUGAAAAAUUACGAAUAUUUUUGAUAAAAACUAAUUCAUGGAAAGUGAAUUAACGCGAACGUUAAGUAUUUGACUUGAUAGUCGAACUUGUGAAAUAGAAAAUCAAGUUCGAAAAGGAAUAACAAUGUUAAGUAGUGUAUUGUUGAGUUUCUCAAAUGCCCUAGGGACUUCUGAGGAUGCACUUCGACUUCUUAUCUCCAUUUUACUUGGAUUUCCCAUCGCCCUUCUUCACAGGUACACACUGUACGGGAAAAGUCCGGUAUCUCAGCACUUACUUUUCAUAAGUUCCGGCCUUUUGCUUUGCUACUGGAAUUACGGAUUGGAUGUAAUUCACUCAGCAACGUCAGUAUGCAUUACUUAUCUCAUUUUGAAGUUCCUCGGUGGCACUACUUUGUCCGUGGUGGCUACAUUUGUUUUCAACAUGUCUUACCUCCUAUACGGAUAUUACGAAACAGGUACACAUGAUUAUGAUAUAAAGUGGACUAUGCCCCAAUGUGUGUUAACAUUGCGGUUAAUUGGUCUAGCGUUCAAUGUACUGGACGGCCGACAACCUGAAGGAAAACUGUCUGCAUCGCAGAAACAAGUGGCCUUGAAAGAACAGCCAACAUUUUUGGAAGUAGUUGGAUUUGCAUAUUUUCCGGGUUCCUUUCUCGUGGGUCCACAAUUUAGUAUGAAAAGAUAUUUGGACUUUGUAAAUGGACAACUCAUGGCUGAUAUUUUAAAAAAAGGAGAAUUGCCAGCUUGUGUCAAUCAUGCUGUUUAUCGGAUACUUAUGGGAUUUGUAUAUUUGAUACUCUUCCAAUUAGGAACGUCAUAUAUUUCAAAUGAGUAUAUGCUAAGUAUAGAACUUCUGAAACAGUCUUUCCUUAAACGUCUUCUUAUAAUUGGUUUCUGGGGUCAUGUAAAUCUAUAUAAAUACAUUGGUUGCUGGCUAUUUUCUGAAGGGGUCUGUACAGCCUUUGGUUUAACAUACACUGGAAAAGAUGAGAAAGGUCAAUUUCUUUGGAAUGGAUGUGAAAAUGUUAAAUUGUUAACAUUUGAGACGGCAAAUCGUUUUAAUCAUUAUAUUAUGUCCUUCAAUAUAAAUACCAACAACUGGUCUGCUGAAUAUAUUUAUAAAAGACUGAAAUUUAUGGGCUCAAAGUUGUACAGUCAAUUUUUUACAUUACUUUUCCUUGCUCUGUGGCAUGGAUUUCAUUCAGGAUAUUACUUAUGUUUCCUCUUUGAGUUUCUUAUCAUGUAUGCCGAAAGAGAUGUGACUGACAUAUUAAACAAGCAAGAAAAACUACAGAGUUUCAUGAAAGCACACCCUGAACUUCGAAUUUUGUUCGCCAUAGUUACGGCCGUCUACACGGUUAUUUUUAUGGGAUACAGUAUGACUUGUUUCAUUCUUUUAUCACACACUCGUUACAAUGCGGUUUACUCUUCCGUUUAUUACUGCGGUCACAUAAUGUAUAUGAGUUACCCAAUAGUUUCUAUACUACUUAAAAAAUUCUUCCUUAAGAGGCGACCAAAGAAGGUUGAUUAAUGAAACGAAUCGUUGUAACAUAAAGAAACAUUUAAGGAAACAAUACGUGAUAGAUAUCUUUGGUGCUUAAAGUAAUCUUCUUACGAAGAUAUAGACAAAAUUUUUGUAUGUACAAAGAGUUUUUAUACAUUGUGUUUUUUGCGCAAGGUAAAUACGUCCUUAGAUAUUUUGAGAAUGAUAUAUACAAAAAGAUGUUAAGUUAAUUUUGAUAAAACUUUACGUAAAGUUUCGUUUGGGAUGGGUUAAUUUUUCGCGGGUCAUAUCUAUGUUAAGUAAAAUUAUACUACAAAUUUCUAUAGAAUUAAGUAGCUUAACUACAUUGUUUGAAAAGUACGGGACAUCCUGUACAUGGUACCAAAAAAUAGUUUAUUCAAUACUGUUAACCAUCAGCCGUCGAAGUCGUAUCGAUACUGACCUGUGUUCUCGGCGUGAAUAAGAGUCAUGGAAUAAACAACGAGUUAUCAGACUUAUAAGAAUAAUUUGAGCUUCUUCCCUUUAUGAGUGAAUACGAUAACAAAAUAAUAAUACACCGAACAUAGUCUGUAAAUAAAUGUUAUUUUUUUCUAGAAAAACACGUAUUUGCCUUUGAUAAAGCAAUCUUAUUCCUGGACUGGUUUAUACUUUGGCGAUCGCCGGUUAAAUUUGUAUUAUUAGAUUUCAUAAAAAUGAUUGUGUACGUUAAUCUAAUAAUUUAUUAAUUCCGAAAAAUAAUUUUGCAUGUGUACUGCAUUGGAAGUUGGAGAUAUUUGAAUAUGUUUUUGCAGUAUCUUUAUUUUUUGUAUACAGUUCUGGGCUUACGGUAUUACUAGUUUUCGUAUUUACGUUUAAUCUUUAGACUGCAAUAUUCAGUCGUAAUUAUCUAAGCACCAGCUGAUUCUAUUUUGGUCCACGUUCUGUUAGAAUUUAUUAUAAAGAUAUCGAUCUAUUUAUACAACAUAUAUUCAAAUAUUCAAGGACUCCUUUAAUGCAGGCUUUUAAUAUAUAUUUUUGUCAAUUUAUGUAACAUACAAUGAAAUUGCUUAAAGGAGUAUUUGCAUCUGUGAUGGUAUAUAUUUAUAUUUGAUGUAAUGUUUAACUUGUAAAUAAAUGUUUGUGGCUAAUGAAUAAUUAGUAUUUGAUGCUUAAUUAACCAAGAUAGUAGACUUAUCACUUACCACUUUUGUUCAGACAUUGCAAGCUACGUGAGUAUUAAUUCAAACUUAUUCGUAACUAUUCCCAUACUUCCUCGUAACUUGUCCAGCAACCCAUGUACAAUGUAAUUCAGUUAUACUGUAAGUUUAAAUUUCAAUUUGAACGAGGCCGAAGG